AACAAGAAACUGUGUUUUGAAAAGAUAGGGGGUCUCCCAUGUUUGGAACAUCGAGGAAAGAGAAAACGCUCCAGAGGCAAAUUUGGGGUUCAUGAGGGACUGGCUCACGUAAUCACGGCAUGCCUGCAAAACUGAACUUCUGGAAUUUGUAGUCUUCAGGUCAUGGUAUUGACCAUGGCUUCUCAAGAUGCCCAGAACUUCUUCCAGCCUCUUUCUUCUUGGAUGUCACGGGUGUAUGAAACUGUUCAACAAAUUGGAGAUACUUUAUCUGCUUCCUUCAUGAAUUUAAGUAAGAAGAAUCCUCAGUUAAAUGGUGAACUGGACUCAGAGGUGAAUGAUGAUGAUGAUGUUAAAGAGAGUGAUUUGGAAGAUGGAGCAAAACAAGACAAUGCUCAGACCCAGGAUUGCAUGGACUCUGUAUUGCUUGAAACUAACCAUUUCCCUGUGGGAAGUUAUAAUACUGAUUUUUGGGAUCUGAAACAAAGCCCUCUUCGGGACUCUAGUUCCAUAGCAUCCCAACAACCCCGUUCCACCUGUCAUAAUCCAAAGCAGCCACCCAGGCUUUCUCCUGUUCUUGAGAAAAGUUGCCAUCUUAAAAAGCCGAGACAGAAUCUUCAAUAUGGCUUUGAGAAUCAAGCUCCUGAAUCUUUAGAAAACAUUAAUGGAGAAGAGCAAGUUAACAGUUAUGGAGAAGAUGAAGAACUAUCCACAUCUUCUGACAGUGAUGAAGAGAUGAUCAAGCAAUUUGAGAUCUCUGUAUCCCGCUCACAAAGCUUCCACUCAGGAGUACCUGAAAAAGGAAUGCAAGCAAGUUCAGAGAGAAAGACAAAAUUUAAUCACUUACUGUCUGGUCAUGAAGAGAAUAGUACAGAAGCAUCUGAAUGUGAAGAUUUAGAUUUGGAUGGAUUGAGCCAACCAACCUACCAAGAUAAUGUUUCUUAUGGUGAAUAUGAUCACAUUUCUGUGGAUUCAAGGACUGCAUCUGAGAAUAGGGAUGUUGGAGAAGAAAGAACCGGAGGACACGAAGCCAUCUUGACUCAAAGUUUUGGUGUGCAAGCCACAGAAAGGAACCAGGAGAUAGAGACAUCCUUUAGCAACCCAGGCUUUGAAGAACCUUAUUCCACUGAUACUUCCUCAGCCUGGAGCCCAGAGGAGUCUGAUGGACUCAAUGCUCUUCAUUUCCCUCCCAAUGCCCGUGAACCCAUCUCAAAGUGUGGAAACUUAGAUGUCAUCUUUGAAUAUAAUCUUUCCAGCCAAAAGCUUGCAGUGACUGUUGUAAAGGCACAGGACAUUCCAGAUAAAGAUCGGAGUGGUGCUGAUGCAUGGCAAGUCCACAUGGUCCUGCUUCCCAGAAAAAAGCAGAGGGGGAAGACAAGUGUUCAAAGAGGGCCCACCCCAAUCUUCAAAGAGAAAGUAUUCUUUAGUAGAGUAGAUCCUGAAGAUCUGAGGGGCUAUGCAGUCCGGUUCCGGCUAUAUGCUCUACUCAAGAUGAAACGAGAAAAGAUGAUGGGAGAAAAUUUGUUUCACCUCAGCCAGUUGUACCAAAAACAGAAAAUGAAAGUGACUUUGGUUUUGGAGCCAAGAAGUAAUAUGAGUAGUGGAGAGUCUCAGCUCAGCCUGUCUGCAGUUUCUCACAGUGAUAGUGCUUCAUCCACACAGUCUUUGUCUCAUGGAGGGGUGCCAGAGCUCUUGGUGGGAUUGUCAUAUAAUGCUACAACGGGACGAUUAUCUGUAGAAAUUAUCAAAGGCAGCCAUUUCCGAAACCUUGCUAUUAACAGACCUCCUGAUACUUAUGGGAAGCUCUUCCUUCUCAACUCUGUGGGCCAAGAGAUGUCCCGUUGUAAGACAUCCAUCAGAAGAGGGCAGCCAAAUCCCAUUUACAAGGAAACGUUUGUUUUCCAGGUAGCCCUCUUUCAGCUUUCCGAUGUCAUAUUGAUGAUCUCAAUUUAUAAUAGACGUACUAUGAAGCGCAAAGAAAUGAUUGGAUGGAUUUCAUUGGGUCAGAACAGCAGUGGGGAGGAAGAACAAGACCACUGGCAAGAAAUGAAGGAAGCCAAGGGACAGCAGAUCUGCAGGUGGCACACCUUGCUAGAAUCUUGAUCACUUGAACCCAAGGUCAUCUGUCUAAUCUUCCAGAUCAUUGCUCAUUGGUAGAUCCCUAUUUGACACAUAAUUUAUCAGACUUUUCUAAGGCAACUUGUCCUCCUUUGGAUUUAUAAAUGGAAGCACUGAACUUUUACCUUUCAAGGUUUUUAUGUUGAGUUUCUUACCAGACCAAUUAAUUAAUAGAAGUGAGAAAAUCAAGAAGAUGGAAAAACCUGUUUAAACAAUAAUAGUAUCGCUCCUGUUCUGAAUUAUGUUGAUCUGAUGAACUUCAAGAUUAAAUCUGCACCAACUGCAUAUUAUUCUGUACACUUUGUCUAUGUUGAUUCUGCAACCUAAGCUCUCUUUUAUGACACUAUUUCCAGCCCUAAAGCAGCUUACACAUAGUAGAAGCUUAACAAAUACUUACUCUUUUGAUUUAAUUGCUUUGUGAAAAUGUAUAGUUGCCAACACUUGAAUGAGUUAUAUUUUCAGGUAGCAUGUGCAGUUUCUCAAAUAUUUCUUCAAACAUUCAAAGUGUCAAUGAUUGUCAUUAUUCAGCUGAUUUUCAUUAAGGAAUCUUUACUGAUCAUAAAUACUUACAUUUAAUGAUAGGCAUGAGUCAUGGGUUGUAGACUUUCAUCAGGUUAUUAGCAUAAAUGUUGGUUAAAGGCUAUUUUAAAUAUUUUGUGCAUAUUUAUGUUUCUUUAGUAUCAAAGGGUUUGAUUCCUAUGAUUUUAAAUUGACAAAAUGAAAAAAAGAGGUUGCAUGUACCUAAAUUGUAAUUAUUCCAGCUUUUCAUUUGAGUUUAUAUUUCAUUGUUGACUUUUUCCUGUCUCCAGGGUGAUACCUAGUGAACUCUUGAGAUAUUAAAAAUGAAAAGAAAAUCCUUUAUAAUUUCACAUAGAAUUAUAGACUAAAAGAAAUACUUUAGAAAACAUGUAAUCUAUGUAUUUUAUCAACCACAGAUGUGAAACUAAAGACAAGAUGCAUUCAAGGUCACACAGAUAGUAAAUAGCAGAGCUGAGGGAAGGACCCAGGCCUAUUGACUUCAUACCAUUCAUUCUUUUGCAUAACAUGUCUUCCCUGAAACUGAAAUGAAAGAAAGAACACUAAAUAUCAUGGCUCUCCUGAUAAUGCCCAGGUCAGGUACCAGGCAACUCUACUGUGUUCACACUGUUAAUAUCUGCCAUAUAGAACACUGUAUAGCUGUUAAAGAAGUGGUUUGACAUUUGACAAUUAGUUUGCUUUUUUAGGCACUGGGCAGCCAGGUGGCAUGGUGAAUAUAAUUCUGGGCCUGGAGUUAGGAAGACUCUUCUUUGUGAGUUCAAAUGUGGCCU